AUGCUUUAUGCGACCGCUGCGGAGCCGCCGCACAACAACAACAACAACAACAACAACAACAAUGUGCGAUCUAUGCUGAUCGCGCCCGCCAACCCCCCUCCCCCCGCUAAACCAGAGCUCCCCCGUAAGCGCGCUUGGUGCUCUGGAGAUAUAAUGACGAAGUCGCCGGAUGGAUACCAUGCUCGGAAUGGGGGUGGGAGAGGUCGUGAGGCGGUUUCCGAGAGAAGGUCUACGGAGCUGAAGACUGGGUUGCGCCGAGCUGCUGGGUUUUUGACAAUGGACUGUUGCGAAUCGAAGUCUACGACACUACUUGACUCGGCCCACGCCGCAUCAUUAAAAGCCUCCGCAUUGGUCGCCGAAAUGUUACUCUCACUCGACUCUACUCCCCUGCCGUACGGCGCUCCGCCCCCUCCCUACGACAACGUAAUCACAGACAUGCCUCCUGAGUACAUGAGCCGGGAUGAGUUUGCCCAUCGCCGUGUCGAGACCCCAGCAUCUGCGCCCACGAGCGCAGUAUGGACUGAAACCGCAAAGGGGAAUGGCUUGUUACUGGGAGAAGCCGUAACACCACCAGCAAUUGACUUCAACGACGCGUCGAAAUUCCGAUCACAUGCGAAAAAGAAAGGUAAGGCAACGAAAAAGGCUAAUCAGGACAAGUGGAAUGAGCCCGAGAAGGGAGGCGACAAGGGUAAUGCCGCGGGUGGUGAUGGUGAUGGCGGUGGAAACGCAGAUGGUGGUGCCGGAAAUGGUGAUGGUGGCGGCGAUGGUGCUGGUGGAGCUGGUGGAGGUGAUGAUGGUGCGGGUGGUGGAGGCGGGGGCGGGGACGAUGACGAUGGCUGGGAUCUCGGCGGUAGCAAGAAGAAGAAUAAAAAGAAGAAUAAGAAGAAAGAGGAGGAGGAAGAGAAGAAACGCAAAGAGGAGGAGGAGCGCAAAGCAAAGGAAGAAGAGGAGCGCAAAGCAAAGGAGGAGGAGGAGGAGGAGGAGGAAGCAGCAGCCGCAUCCGCAGCCGCUGAUGAUAAUGCAGGUAAUUCUCUCAGCUGGGCUGGCGAUGUAUCCGAGGCUAAUGCGGACGAUGCCUGGGGAGGAUUUACCACGACAACGAAGAAGAAAAAGGGCAAGAAGAACAAGGCAAGUACAGCUGCCGAUCCUCCUACCGCUAAAGAGCCUGCAUCGAACUCGUUUCAGGAUAUAAAUCUAGGUGAUGAACCUCCGCAGUUGGAUUUUUCUCUAGAGAGUGGUGGUGAUACUGGUAAAACCGGGUUCAACUUUGGUGCCUGGGGAAAUAGUUGGAAUACCGGCAACAUUGACCUGAAUCUUGGUGAUACCCAGGCAACCGACGAGAAGAAAGAUGAUGGCACUGAUACCCUGGAUCCAUGGGCUCCCGCUGGAAAAAAGGGGAAGAAAAAGAAUGCAACAACAAAUACCUUCGAGUUUGGCGACUCGGGCGAUGGAAACACCGAGGAGAAAAAGGAGGCUGAGGAUGAUGCGUGGCCAUCUUUCGCCGUCGUUGGUAAAAAUGAUAAGAAGAAGAAGAAAAAGGUCUCUGCUGAUAUAGCUGAAGAACCAGUUCCCGAUCCCGAGCCUGCUCCCGAGCCUGCUCCUGUAGAUGAAUGGAAUUCAUGGUCGACGCCAUCAACGAAGAAAAGCAAGAAGAAAAAGGGGACAAAUUCUUUCGGUGCUAUUGAGGAAACACCACCGGAGCCAGAACCCGAACCCGAACCCGAACCCGAACCCGAACCUGAACCCGAACCUGAACCUGAACCCGAACCUGCACCCGAACCUGCAGCUGAGGAUGAUGCCUGGGGUGCAGUGGGAAAGAGAAACAAGAAGUCAAAGGCGAAAACUGCUGACGAACCUCCCAAGGAGCCCAAUCCACCGCCUGAACCUGUCGUUGAGAAUACUUGGGCAUCUAUCCCAACUAAGAAAGAGAAGAAGAAGAAAAAUAGGGGUAUUACUGAAGAACCAUCGAAGGAAGAGGUACCUGAGCCUGAAGCAGAGCCGAAAGCAGAGCCGGAGAACGAUUGGGGUUGGGCAGCACCGGCAGGAAAUAAAAAGAAGGGCAAGAAAGGAGCUGUAACGGCCGUUACAGAAGAAGACAAGCCAGUUGAGGAGCCUCCUGCGGCCCAGCCCGAGCCCGAACCCCAGCCAGAUCCUGUUGACGACUGGAGCACUUUUGCAACGACGACGUCUGGAAAGAAGAAGAAGGUGAAGAAAGGAGCCGUAGUUGCAGCCGUGGAAGAAGAAAAGCUAGUUGAGGAACCACCGCCUCCUCCACCUGAACCCGAGCCUCAACCAGAUCCCGUUGAGGAUUGGGGUGGGUUUACGACAACGACGAAGAAGAAGAAAGGCAAGAAAAGGGCCGUGGGAGAGGAGCCAGUCCCGGACCCAGCGCCUGAGCCCGCACCGGAGCCCGAGCCAGAAGCAAAGCCAGAAGCUGAUCCCCUUGAGGAGGAUUGGGGAUUCACAGCUACCACUACGAAAAAAAGUAAGAAGGGUAAGAAGGGUGCGGUUGUAGAAGAGGCGCCACCCAAGGUGGAGGAACCAGCCCCAGUCGCCGAAGCAGACAUCUGGGACACGGGGACAUCGAAAAAGAACAAAAAGAAAAGCAAAACGACCAAGACCGAAGAGGGUCCUGCUCCCGAACCUACUCCUGCGGGAGACGAUCUUGAUUGGCUUAAUGAUGACUUAGGCGAUGGCGGCAAAGUUACUAAGGUUGAUUCAAAGAAUUCUAAGGCUAGUGGAGGCUCAGGCGCUGACGGUGAUGGUUGGGGUCUUGGCGGAUGGAGCUUCGGAAGUAAGAAGAAUAAGAAAAACAAGGCAGCCGUUGUUGAAGAAUCGAACAUUGUGCCUGAGGCACCUGCUGUCACCGGGACCACCUCAAUCGAUGCCGUUGACGACUGGUUCGGCACGAAGGGAAGUAAGAAGGACAAGAAAGGGAGACAGGACCCUAUCCCUGAAAAAUCACCGAUAGAGCCAGAACCCGAAAAAGCCACUGCUGUCGCAAAUGACGAAUUUCUUGGCUGGGCUGGCACUACCAGUACGAGUAAGAAAAACAAAAAGAAGGGGACCAAGGCUGCCGAAGAACCACUUCCACCUCCUCCUGUUUCAGAAGCGCCUGAACCUCCAGCUGACGAUGGCUGGGGAAUUUGGGGAACAUCAAAGAGUACGAAGGAUAAAAAGGGCAAAAAAAACAAACUCGUUGAGCCUGAGCCUGAGCCUGAGCCUGAGCCUGAGCCUGAGCAGGAACCUGUACCUGAACCAGAACAAGAACCACCAAAAGUUGACCCUGAACCCCUCGUUGAAGCUGAAGCAGUAGAUCCUUGGGCAGGCCUUACUGCGAAAGAAAGGCGAAAGAAGGAGAGGGAAGCUAAGAAGCAAGCUGCUGCGGCCGCCGAAUCUAAUGAAAACAACGCUGCAAAUGCUGUUUCUACAGAUCUGGUCAGGUCUCCAGCUCUUGAUGACAACUCAUGGGGGAUGUGGGGAGCAGCUGCAGAUAAAAAGAAGGGUAAGAAAGGGAAAGACACCAACGAGCCACCGCCACCUGCUCCAACACCACCAGCUCAGGAUCUUGAGCCCGAACCGGCUGUGGUUGACAUCGAGGGCAUCGAUACGUGGGGCGCAUUCACUGGUUCAGGAGCCAAGACCCCAAAAACCAAGAAAACAUCGCUCUCUCGCACAACCACAACCACGUCGAAAUCACCUAAAGUUGAGGACGGUAAAUCAACCAGGUCCAAAUCCAGAGGGUUUGAAGUUGUGGACGUUACAGAUGAGUUCAAGGGAAAGGAGGAACCCAUGGUCGAGGUCAGUGCAGCCAGGGCAGCAAAAAGCUUCUGGGGAGGCACUUUUGGAACGGCUACGACUACUCCAAUCACCAAGUCAAAGACCUCUAAAUCAAAGGAGGAUGCAAAUAAACAAUCCGUAGAGGCGACCAAAGAUAAACUUGCCGCUGAGGAAACUAAAAAAGGAAGCAAUGCGGACAAUCUGCUGGCUGAUACUGGCGAGCUGGAAGCGGCUAGCGCUACGGGAGCUGACAAAGCAACCGCGCCAAGCGCGCCAACAACGAAGACCACGACGACAUCGACGGGUAGCAUUAAAGUUACCAGCAAAACAUCGGUCGCGGAGCGGAUUAAAUUACUUGAAGAGAGUAAGAAGCGAGAAAAAGAAGCGCUCAAGGAAAAGGAGAAGCUUAAGGCGAAAGAAAAGGCUGCUGCGCAAACAGCUGUUCCCCAGCAGCCAGCUUCCCCACUUGACGUCAAGCCGACCGUAGACCCAGUCGCAAAUGACCCACCCCCAUCCAAAAAAGCAUCAGUUUCAUCAAAAACAAAAUCAUCAACGGUGCCAAGUAAUUCCACGUCAAAGAAAAAUAGCGCUACUGCGGCAGCUACUGCCACGCUGCUCGACGGAUCGAGUACUCCACGCGAUUCGGUUCCUGGUAGUUUCCCGGGCGCAUAUGAGGACGAACUAGUCGAGAUUGUUGAUUUGGCUCCUCCUCCUGAACCAACACCCGUGCAAUCGCAGCCGGUGAAAGCUUCAAAGAAAAGCAAGAAAGCUUCCCCUGUGAAGGCGGUUAUAGUGGAUGAAAUGGCAACUCCCCCUCCACCUCCCCCGGGCCCCGUCCCUCCUGAUGAAAACAAAGAUGCUGAAGCUCCCCCCGAUCGCGCGACAGCGAAACCUGCCAAAAAGGAGCGUCCUCGGGUUGAACGAACAGCUGGAGCUUCUUCAUGGGGAUUUUGGGGCGCUGCUCCCAAGAAACCUGUGAAAAAAGAAACCAAAGCAAAGGACGACGCCGGUCCUUCAUCCCCUUCCACGAAGAAGCCAAAGGAGAAGUCUCCUCCUGCUUUGUCCAGGUCUAAAUCCAUGUCUUCUAAAAAGGGAAAGCCUGCAGAUGCAGAAAAGGAUGUCGAAAAGUCAUCUGGUUCUGACGAGAAACGCAAUAGCACUGCUGUUCGGCCGCGCCAUAGUAGAGGCAUGAGUUUCUCCAACUUCAUGAUGGGAGGUGCGCCACCAGUUAGAACCAAGUCAAUGAAACAAAAUGGCGCUUCAGCGUCGAAGCAUAGCUCAAGACGCCCGUCUAUUGACAUUGAUGACUCAGGUAUUCUUUCUCCCAAUGGCGGCCACGCAGAAAUGUCCGGGAAGGCAGCUAAGUUCAUGGGUGUGAACGGCACCAAAACUCCGAGAAGAGACCCCAAUGGCAAGAAGCGCGCCUCCAGAGCUCCUGACCCGUAUGCGAUCGACGAUGACGAUGACUUGGUGAUGGUCAAUGGAGGGGAUGUACCCGAAGCAUCCUCGCCAAAAGAUUCACCCGUAGAUUCGAAACCUCGUCGGCGUAAAUCUAAACGUGAGCAAAAGCCUAGGAGUGCAGAUGAUGACAUUGUGAUGGUUGAACCAGGGCCCUCAAGCCGUCCUGAGGUAGUAUCUGGCCCUGAGGAUUUAGCGUUUGUGAUCGACCCUCCUAAAGAGCGCGCAAAUUUGAAACGCUCCAAUACUACCGCGACGCCGAAAAAAUCGGAGGGUUUGUUAGGACUGUUUGGCUCAUUUCGCAAACAUGCGGCGCCACCACCAGAGCACUCUCGGUCACGGUCUUAUCGCGAAGAAGAUCUGAGAAAAUCUGCAGAAAUAGACAAAGAAUAUGCCCGUCGUGCUCGACGAGAGAAGCGACGAUCAACUAGAGUGGAGACAGAUGGUGAAGGCUUUACUACGGACGCAGCGCCCGCAACGGAGGCGGAGGAUGCUGAAGCUAGAAGAGCUGAAAGAAGAGCUCGACGUUUGUCAAAGUACGCAGAACAAGAGGCUCGAGAGGCCGAGGAGAGAGAAGCUGAGGAGCGGCGCGCUAAGCGACGAGAAGCUGAAAGGGUUAGGAUUCGUGAAGCACGGGAAAGGCGAGCUAGAGAAGACGAGGAGCGAGAACAACGACAUCGCGAGGAGAAGAGAGCUCGCCGGGCUGCACGGCUACUAGAGGAACAGCAACGCGAAGAAGAAAUUCGGCAAUUGGAAGCGAGGCGCCGCGCACGAGAGGCAGACGAAUUUGGGGAAGACGGGAGACGAGUAAGAUCGGAACGCCAUCGAUCGUAUACAGACAAAGCACGAGAUAAAUAUUCUCAUGAUGAAUACGCUACAGAUCAUCGUAGACAUCGCUCCCAUCGAUCUGGUGAUGAAGCUGCCAAAUCUCGACGGCGAAAAUCUGCCGUUUUGCCAGGGGAAGAGUAUUACACUUCUCGUAAGGGCCACUCCUCGCGCCGUGCUUCUAAUGUACCCUAUCCUGGAAUAGCGGGUGCUGGCAAGGAUAAAACGUCAUCAUGGUUAAAUUCCCAAUUGACUGACCCCCCCGAAGCACCUCCUAUCGUCCCCACCGUGAUCGACGUCCCUGCCCCUCCGGGAGAUCCCCACGUCCACUCCUUGUCAUCUGAAGAGGAAGCAAGACGCUCUGCCCGCCGCAAGGCGCGACGACACUCUAAGUACAACGGCGUUGAUGAUGCCGAAGCCACAGAACGGCGAGCCAGACGCCACGAACUCCGGCAUUCAGUACGCGGUCCUCUCAAGAGCAGUGAGGGCAGUGGGGAGGGUGACCGCUAUGGCGAUCGUUAUGCUUCCGACUACCAUCGGCAUUCAUCGUACGCCAACGGCGCUCCGAAACGAUCCAGCUGGUUCAAGAAAAUUACAAAUUUGUAGAGGUGUCCUUUCGCAGAUUCGACUUGAAACAGCUGGAUGCUUGUUUCUCUCUGGAAAUUGACUUUCUUGGGCACAGCCUUUCUCUCUUGGCUCUCGAUUUUUCUUCUUGGUGUCCUUGUCACACGAGUGUGUGUUGCCGCAACAAAUGCGGGCAAUGUAGCCGCUUAGGUGCGGCUGGGUACAGAACUGCAUUAUCUCCGAGGUGUGCCAUGCUUCGUUUUGGACACGACAUUUAUUUACCUUUAAUAAUGGAGGGUUUCUGUCAUACGGUUUAUGUCAUUUUAUGUAUUAUGAAUUUUGGUUUGUUUGCCCAGUUUUGCGGCCGAUAUUUGUUUUCCUAAGUUGAUUUUUUGAUUUUUUCUUGUUCUUCUGCUUUCUUUUUGGAUUCCCACUUUCCAUCGCAGUUCAUGUUCAAAUCAGCCAAACAAGGCAAAGUAAUGUGGCUAGUGGAUCGGCCAGGGUUUGUUUUUGGUCGAACCGUUGUUUUUGGCGUUUGUCUUUUUUCCUUCCGCGAUACCCACCCAGUUUGGCACAAAUAAAUCCCCGCGGAUAUUCCUUGCUAACGUAUAUAUAUGAUGUUGUGCCGCUCCUCUCUAUGCUUUUGUUUUCUUUAUCUCCGUUAUAUUGUCCUUAUUCUCGCUUUUAUUCGCAUAUACUCCGUCUGUUGGCUAUUUACAUUCAUUAUUUCCUUCCACUACUCAUGGUUAUCUCGCUUUCUUUUACUCCCCAAUUUCCCAAUACUUUAUUUCUUGGUUCAAAUUAUAUAUGGCAAGUAGGUAUUGUGGUAUGCUUGGGCAUGUCCAUAUUGCAUUAUCAUCUGGAGGUCGGUCAGGAGGUUGGGAGGUCAGGCUCGGUCCGGUUUAUUGUGCAUUAUAUGGAUUUUGGCGGGACAAUCAUUGGGCGGGUUAGGAUGAGAUCAAGAUUGGCAGGGCAUAUUAUGGGGCUUCUUUUCCUGGCUCAGGAUUUUUUUUUUUUUUUUUUUUUUUU